CGAUAAGCUAGCAUUCCAAUAAAGUGUAGAAUAUUAUGUUCAGCGUUUAUUAUUUGUGAUGAAAGAGUGCAAAAAUCCAGUGUAGAACCGUGAAGAGACCAUCCAGACCCACUCACCCGCGCCACAAUGUACUGUCUGCAGUGUCUGCUGCCCGUGCUACUCAUCCCGCGGCCCGCGAACGCCGCGUUCUCGCACACGCACUUCCUCUUCGUGCUGCUCUACCUGGUGAACUUCUUCCUGGAGCGCAAGCCCUGCACGAUCUGCAGCGUGAUCUUCCUCACGGCGGUCUUUCUGCUGUGCUACAGCGGCAUCGGGAACUGCUUCCUCUGGCCCAGCAAUUGCGACGCCGCCCAAAUGUGCGACAACGGAUAGA